AUGAGUAAUACUCAAAAACAAAAAAACACUUUAUUUUCUUAUUUUAGUACAAAUAAAAAAAUUUGUUUGGAAAAUGAUGAGGCUGCAUCUGAAGAAGAAGAACAUGAGUUAUUGCAAUCCACAUCAAAACCUAUUACAAAUAUAAAUGAUAUUGGUAAUAUCGUUGAUAAAUCGUUUUUAAAAGAUGCCGAUACAAAACUUGUGCUUACUAAUCUGUGGGUCCCAGAUGAUGAUUUUUUACGAAGUAUUCUUGAGGGUCCAGGGAAAAGAAAUAAGUACACCAGUCCAACUAUCCAAAAUGAUAUAAUAGAGUCCUGUAAUACAAUACUAUUGAAAAAAAUUGCAAAAAAAGUGAACGAGUCUAAAUGUUUCUCGGUACUUGCCGAUGAAACCACAGAUAUUUCAACAAAAGAACAGCUUGCUAUUUGUGUAAGAUAUGUCAGUGAUGAUAACAUGUUGCAUGAAGAUUUUUUACAAUUUUUUGAGAUUGAAAGUCUGACUGGUGAAGCUUUGGCAAAUUCCAUAUUAAAUGGUUUAAGCAAAUGUGGGAUUGAUUGUAGUUAUUUGCAUGGACAGGGCUAUGAUGGGGCCAGUAAUAUGUCUGGGCAAUUUAGAGGUGUACAAAGUAUUGUUAGGUUAAAAUAUCCAAAAGCAGUUUAUGUCCAUUGUUCAGCACAUUCACUGAACUUAGCUGUAUCAACAGCUAGUGGUAUUAGACCAAUUAGGAAUUCAUUAGACACAAUAUGUGAUUGGAAAGAUCCAGCAGACGCCUCUAUGCUUAAACAUUCUAUGGAAGAUACCGAAUUCUUAAUUUCGUUUUAUAUAGUUAAGUUCCUAUUUUCUUUUUGUCUUCCUCUAUGUAAGCAGUUACAAAAAGUACAAAUAGAUUUAAAAAAAACUAUAGCUAUAGUUGAGAAUGUAGUAAUCACUCUGAAGGCCAUUAGAGACAAUUACAAAACCGAAUUUAGUCAAAUCUAUAUAAAUGUUAAAAUGGCUGCAGACAAUGUUGGUAUUGAAUUAAAAAAAAAGAGAGUCAUUUCAAAACAAACUUUGAGAGAUAAUCCAAAUCUUCUGGAUUGUUCCAUUGAACAUUAUUAUUGUGUUACAGUAUUUUUACCGUAUGUCGAUUACUAUUUAAUGCAAUUGACUGAGCGAUUUAUUAAUCAUAAAGCUAUAUUUGAAGGUUUUAAUUGCAUUUUCCAAUCAGAAUCACUUAUGGUAGAAAUGGAAGAUAUUGUUGCUUUUCAAAAGCUUGUUGAGUUUUAUUCAUCAACAAUUGACCAACACUCUAGCAUUGCUGAAUUAAAGAUGUGGAGAGUUAAGUUGGUGAAUGAAAAAAUUGUAUUCACCUCUGGGUUACAUGCGUUGGAUGUUUGUGAUAAAGAGUUUUAUCCAAAUAUUCAUGAACUCUUGAAAAUUUUUUGUACAUUGCCUGUAUCGACUGCUACACCUGAACGAUGUUUUUCAAGUUUGAAGAGGAUUAAGUCUUACCUAAGAAAUAGUAUGACAGAAAACCGACUUAAUGGGUUGGCUUUAUUGGCAUGUCACCGGUCGAUACAAAUCAUGCCUGAUGAGGUUAUCGAUGAACUGAGCAUCCAAAAAAACAGAAAAUUGGAUUUUGUAUUGUAA